GAGUGUGCAGGGUGAUGUGGAGUACUUCCCCUUUAAGAAAGUGACAGUGAGCGCGGCGGAGGAGCUGGUCAGGAACUGGUCAGGAGCGGACGGCAGUGAAGGAAUCUCAAAACUUUUUCCAACACACUGAACCGUGCUCCGUUUUUACCGCUUCACUUCACCUCCUACUUAUCCACGAAGGCGAAAAAAAACAAAACAACUUGUCCAAACAGUGUGUGUGUCGGUGAUGAAGUGGAUGCUACCGGCCGCUUUUUGGAAGAAGGAAAGUUGCGAAAGGAAAAAGUUCUGGAGUGAUGCCCGAGAGACUGCAUCCCUCCCUCCAAAGUUCAGCUAAGGUGGCUAACGAUAGCUAGCGCAGGACUUCAGGCUUGAUAGUAAGAGUUUGGAUAAACUUUUGUGUCAGAACAAGUAGUGAGGAAAUCGUUUUGAGGGAGGUAGUGAGGGGAAGGGGGAAGAAAAAGAAAAGCGGGGACGACAUUUAAUACAAAGCGUUCAUCCCUUGUUGGGCUUGUUGUCUCUAGCAGGACCAGUUGUACAGUAUCGAGCUAAACUAGCCGAGUGGAGCUAAAUGAAGUGAAGUCUCACUGUGACACUGAACUCUGCAAUGAAAAAAGACUGUAAAGUUAUAUUAUUGUCAUCACUUUUGAGUCGUGGUCGCUAGAAAUGACCUGUAACACACAGUAAACACGUAUAACAGUCGUACUAAGGAGCUCUGUUGACCUCUGGACCUCUUUGCAAAGCUGUGUGAUGUGAAGUGUUUACAGCUUUGGACCCCCUCCCCUCAUUUUUUUUCCUGUUUGGUCACAUCCCCUGCCUCUUUAUCAAGACUUUCUGGGGAACAGUUUAGGAGCCUUCCCUAGCAUCAUCAUCCAUCAGCCACCAUCCAUCCAGAGGGGCCUGCGUCUUGGAUGAAGCGGAGAGUGCUAUGAUGAAGGUGACGGUGACGUUUGGGCAGACAGGUGUGGUGGUACCCUGCAAGGAUGGCUGGACCGUGAGGGACCUCAUCCAGCAAGCCACGCAGAGAUACAGAAAACUUCUGGAACAGGGAGGAGAUUUCCUGGUUCGGACUCACCACGUUGAAUACUGUGAUGGGGGGAUUCUGGACCCAGAUGACAUACUCAGUGAUCUGGUAGAGGACAAAGACAAGCUGAUGGCGGUGUAUGAGGAGCAGGAAGCCCAGCAGAGGGGUGUGGCAAACACAAGCCUAGCCCCCAGCCCAGACCUCUACCAAUCCGAGCUCUCUGCCUUCCAGCCAAUCACAGGAGGCGAGAUUGAAGUCAAUUCCUCAGCCCUCAAGUCCAACACCCCCCUGUUGGUGAGAAGCAGCAGUGACUCAGCCCUUGGCCCCCAGCCAACAGAGAUUGAACCUUCUCUCAAUGAGGACACUGCCGUGAUGGCAGCCAGUCCCACUGUGGAGAGGCCAGCAGGGGUAGACCGACCCCAAGGCAAACACACUUUCAGUGGCAGCCUGACUAGAACAGUGGAGAUCCUGGGAGAGGACAGUCCUCUGGGAAUCCAUGUGGUCCCCUACUGCUCAUCACUCAGUGGACGAUCUCUUGGUUUGUACAUCCGAGGAGUGGAAGAAGAGAGUCGCUCAAGAAAAGAGGGCUUGUUUCAAGAGGAUGAGUGCAUCGUCAAAAUCAACACCACCGACCUCAUGGACAAAACAUUUAGCCAAUCCCAGGAAGUUUUCCGCCAGGCAAUGCGUUCCCCAAUCGUCCGUUUGGAAGUAGUUCCCUCCUCCAACAGAGAACGCUAUGAGAGGAGUCUGAUUGGUCAGCUGUUUGGCAAUGCUUCUGGUUCUGACAGCAGCCCCCGGAUCACCAAGACCAAAGAGCCACCUCCACCUGUCAAAGCCAAACCCAUCUUUAAGCCCUCUGAGAAUCCAACCACGCAGCUGGCAGAGGAAACUGCCAGUAUGGAAGCUGCUGUUGGUACACCCAAGGGCAGGAGUGAGAGCCCUACUCUGAAGAAAGGUCCUGCCUUCUCCAGCUUGGUGGCCAAUAAGAGAGCAGGACGAAGACUGAGGAUCGAUUUGAAGAAAGGUUCAGAAGGUCUUGGUUUUACUGUAGUAACCAGAGAUUCUUCAGUCCAUGGUCCUGGUCCCAUUCUUGUCAAAAACAUUCUGCCACGUGGAGCUGCUGUCAAAGAUGGACGCCUGCAGUCUGGAGACCGCAUACUUGAGGUCAACGGUGUGGAUAUCACAGGUGUGGGUCAGGAAGAGUUGGUGUGUAUGCUACGCAGCACGCGGCAGGGAGAGAGUGUGUGUCUCGUGGUUCUACGGCAGGAAGAUAUGUUCCUGCCCAGAGAGAUGAAGGACGAGGUGUCCCGUGUGCCGGGCUUUGUUUCUGAGAAUGGGAAAGAGCAGCUUACGUUCGAGGUGCCGCUUAAUGACAGCGGCUCGGCGGGGCUUGGCAUCAGCCUCAAAGGAAACAAGUCCAGGGAGACAGGAGAGGACCUGGGAAUCUUCAUCAAAUCCAUUAUACAUGGAGGGGCUGCAUACAAGGAUGGGCGUCUGUGUGUCAACGACCAGCUGGUAGCAGUAAAUGGCGAGUCGCUGCUGGGAUGCUCCAAUCAUGUGGCCAUGGAGACACUUCGUCGAUCUAUGUCACAGGAGGGAAACGUAAGAGGGACAAUCCAACUAGUCGUGCUCCGGGCCCUAAAGGAUCAACAUGGUGUGUCACCCAGUCGCUCAUUUGACAGCUCCUCUGGCUUGUCAGGACUGGGGAGCCCAGUGAACGGUCAGACAGGAUUGGUCAGCCAGACUAACGGCCCCAUACGGCCUCCCGCGGCAAACAACAAUCUUUAUGCAUUUAAUGUGAGCAAUGGGAGUUAUUCUCACAUGGAUGAGGAAGAAGAUGGAGAGCUGUAUGGACAUGAAGAGUUCAGCAGCUCUAACCAACACUCCUAUCUUCAGGAAAGGGAAAUCUCUCACACCUCUAGCCCGGCUCAGCCUCAGUCUCCUGCCCAGAACCAGAAUCAGCGGCAGUUCCAACAUGUCAAAGCUUCGAAGAGCAUGGACCUGGGUACGACUCAGAACCAGCAGCCCACUGUGGCAGAUGAGAGCAACGUAGGAUCUCUGGUUGGAAGCACUCCAGCUCCAUCAACUCCCAUAGAACUCGGUCCUACCCUUGGCUUGAAGAAGUCCAGUUCGUUGGAGAGUCUCCAGACGGCCAUGUCAGAGGUUAACAGAAAAAACGAAUUCCUCCCAUUCCACCGUCCGCGCCAAAAUAUGGUCAGGGGAAGAGGCUGCAACGAGAGCUUCAGGGCAGCUAUUGAUAAAUCCUAUGAUGGGCCUCCCGAAGAUGAUGAUGAUGAUGGUUCUGAGCCGAGUUCAGGUCGGGAUACUCCCGCAAGUAGUUCAUCCCGCCAGGGAGUGGAAGCUCGGAUAGAGGAGAAAGGCAAAAAAGACAAGAAAAAGAAAGAAAGAAAAACAAAGAAGAAGGAAAAGAACAAGCUGAAAGGAAAAGAGAAAGAGGAAGAGAAAAAGAAAAAGAAAGUGGAGGAGCCCGAGGAGACGGAGAAGAAGAGCAAAAAAAUAGGCUUUGGCCUGCUGAGGUUCGGGAAGAAAAAGGAGGAAAAGAAGGAGGCAAAAGCAGCUCUGCAGCGACAGAAGUCAGACAUCCUGAGUGAUCUUGAGCUUGAGAGGAUGAAAGAUGAGAGGGAAAGAAUCGAGGCAGGGCACCCUGAGCUGCGACCCAGAGACCAACAAGGUGGAGGCAGCGGGUCAACAUAUCCAGAUGUUGAGGAUGACGACGCAGACCCCAACUAUGCCCGAAUACAAUCCUUCAGGGACCGAAAUAUGGGUUCAAUGCCUCAGCCAUUGCCUCAGUCACCUCCCUACAGUACAAUUCAGCACACUCAUGCCCGCACCCCUUCUCCCCAAGGCCCCUCUGCCUUUCCAGGGCAUGGAACUCAUAGUAAUGAACCUGCACCCAUGCCUGACGACGACCCCCUUGAUAGGCUGUAUGCCAAGGUCAAUAAACCAAGGGGAGCUGGAACUACAUCUCCUCCUGUGUCUGCUACUGCCAAUGACAGUGUGGACAGAAUCCAGCAGCUGAGAAGAGAAUAUCAGCAGGCAAGAAGAGAAGGAAUGGUGCCUCCUUAUGAAGAACUCAACCCACGACGCAGAGGACAUGAAAACGAUGCACACAGGAUGCCAGGCAGAGGGACAGAUCAUCGGUUGGCACCCCGUUACGAAGAGGUGGAACGUCAGUAUGCCUCCUUACCAAGACGAGGUCCAUUGGAUCCAGCUGACUACCCCAUGCAGCUCUGGUCAGGUCAUUACCCAGGACCUCCCCCAACCUCACAGGGGUACCCUCAAGCCCCAACGUACCCUACCCCCAACUCCCAGUCUGGCCCGUCUUACUCCAGCUACCCACCUGGUCAGCCAUAUGCACGGCCAGGUGACCCUCGGGGAGUAGACCCUGGGUACUACCCCCAUCCAAGCUCCCAGCAGAGAGGCCCCUUGCGGCAGGAUGUGCCACCAUCUCCUACACCUCCACUUCGUGGACUACGGUAUGACACUAUGACGCGUGGAACCGGGGGUGGACCUUACAGGCACCUGGUGGAUCCUGGUCCAGACCAAUAUGUUUAUACUGGGGAGGGAGGAAGAGAGCAACAGCAACACCAAACCAACCCGAGACAGAAGAAUGCCAUGACUGCAGCUGUGUAGACAAAUCAGGUCCAGAGAUGAAAAUGAGCAGAGUGCUAACUGCUUUGCGUUGUGCAGCUCUUCUGCUUUCGGUACUAGAGUUGAAAUGGUGUGAUUUGAAUCACCAUCAUUAUCAAACCUUGUCUACGCUGUUUGAAGUAUAUGGUAAUACACAGACAAGCGAGGUAAAGGGGGUUAAUUAUAGAGUGGCCUGCCUGAUGCAUAAUGUCUUGUUGUUUGAAGUCAUAUAAAUUGCUUUGAGUCCUCCCAGAGUAUAAAAUUAGCAGGGUUUUUACUUUUCACUAUACUCUGUCGUCUCUCUCCAUCUCUAUCUCUAAGUCGUCUCUUUCAAGAAUCAGUCCGAGCCACAAUGAUGGUAAUUGGAUCCAUUAAAAUGAUGACAAUAAAGGCGUACAUACUGCUCAACGCACUCUCAUAUUGUACCUGGUGGUUUCACUGCGGUCGCUCCACAAACAAAAUCUCAAUGCAACAUAUAGUGACUGAAAUAAAUCUUAUCAGUAUUUUUGUAUGAUAAUGUCAAAUCUAUUCUGGAGACUGAAGCUGUUUACAAAGAAGUGAUUGUCAGGCUUUAAAUCUGAAGAGUAGAAGAUGAUAGAAACAUUCAAAAUGUUCCAAACCUGUGUGGGUAGCAACAAAUUAGUCUGACUCAUAACUCUGGUACAUCGAUCCAUGCCAUAUUAACAAAAGAUGCAGAGCAUUUCAAAUUUGGAGGUACAUAAAGUGCAUUUUUGUUCCUACUGUCUCAAUUUGUGCAACAGGGAGAACGCCACUAUACCAGUCUUUGAGAAAGGACAGAUUUUCUGUGAUUUUCUGAUACAUACGGCAUAAUUUUUUCAAUUAAUCAUGAAAAUAUUCUAAAUAUAUACAUAUAUAUAUAUUCAGUGGAGAUGAGUUUAAAUAUAUUUUUCCUACAGGACAAUUCAAGCUGGAAACCACUUGUGGCUGUUGCUUUACAGCACUUAUUAAUGACCCUUUUUCUGCUUUAAAAUCAUCCCAGGACGAUCACAUUUAAAACCAUGCUGUAAAAGUACUGCAUCUCAAAUUCACAUUCCUUUAAGGACAUCUUCCCAUUAUAAGAUCUGCAUGUAUCUUUAAACAGUUCACUUUAUUUAAAAUGACCUCUACUUGAAUGUAUGAAAACCUCUUCUCAUCUGUACUUAAUCCAUUGAGUCCACCUGUGUUUAUUGAAUCAUUCCAGCAUGACUGCAGUUUUUGCUCACUUCUUGGUUUUCAGAGAUAAUCCAUUGCUUUAAACACCAAGCUGGCGGUCGCAUUUUUCAAACUUUUCAUCAGAAUGUUAAUCAACCUACAAACUUUGACAUUCAGGGAAAAACUACAUUAAUUAUUUUGUAAUAGUUGUGGUAACACACGCCAAAGCAAGAUGAUUCCACCACUUCAUUUUACACAGCUUUUUAAUGCUGCCUUCUCCUCUACUGGGAGGAACUCCUACAGUAGUAUUUGGUUUCAAAGCACAUACCAAUAUAUUGACAUUGACAUUAGCAUGGUAACCAGCUAGCCCUGGCCCGUCCUGUUUAAUUAUAUAAUUUUAUAUCUCAAGAGGCUAAAGUGAGUCACUGUACUGUCCAGUCUGACCUCAGUCCAACAACAUCAAGGUGGUUUCCUUGCAGGGUUUAUCUCAUGGCCCCACCGAAACCUCCGCUCAGUUCUCUGGAGGUGGACGCUGACUUUUGCUCCUCUCCAGCUUCACAGCUCUCCCGUCAAAAGUCUGAGUCAGAGUCCUGGUCCUAAAUCACCUCUGUACUAUAUUCCCUGUCGUCAAACUGGCCUCCAUUGAAGACCAACACCCUUUGUGGUUUGAGCUCCCAGCCAGUCCGGGUAGAUUCAGCUAAUAGGACCACUAUCUACAAGACUAACUAAACUAACUAGCAGCAAUUAGCAGUUAUUCUACUGAUAUGCUGCUUUCUAUUAGUUUAGUGUGAGUUGAACAGAUUCAUAUUGCGCCUUUAAGCUUCAUAGACAGCAAUGUAAGAUAAGAUGGAGAAUGCAGGAGAUGAGCAAAACUCCAAUAAUGGUGGAACAGUUUAUUUUAAAUGAUAAUAUCAAACCACUACAACAUGCUUUGUUUUAUUUACAUGCUGAAUGUGCCUUUGUGCCAGAGUUGUUUAAGGCUCACAGAUGUCCAUACUGUGGAGUCUUUUAUGGGUUUAACUGACCACUAUGUAUCACUUAGCAGCCUCUUUUGCUCUGUAUUGUCUGUGUAUGCCAUGUACUGUAGUUUGGAUGUAAUGGACGUUCAUGGCACAUCUCCGUGACCUGGCGGUGUAGGCGUCACUGUGCGAUAAAGUGCCCACAAGUCCUGUUGAAACGUGAAUUGAGCUUCAGAGUGCUCUUCACACUGCUGCACCAUGGUGUAUAUCCAUUUAGCCACUUACUAAACCAUCAAUUAAGUGUAACUAAGAGUUAGAGUCUACCUUAGCAUUUCUGCGUUUCACUCUACAAAGCUCAGCAGUAUUAAUUUCAGUGGAGAUUAAAUGUUAAAAAUGACAUUUCAGGAUUGGGUGAAUUGCAUUUCUGUUAAUAUGAUUGAGAAUGAAAUCCCACUAAAGUGAAUGUUGGGAGUAAAAACCCAUGGAAAAUGAAGUUUCAAAACCAUCUCAUUUGCUUGUUUGUCUGACAGAUUUGGAUUUGAAAGAGGAAAGUAGACGGGCGAGUAGGAGGGAGGGUUAAAAGAAUUUAGACAAAAGAAAGAAAGGAAGAAAAGAAAAAUAAGAGAGAUAGAUAGGUAGGGAAGCAAGGAAGGCAAAAUGAAGCCAAAGGACGUAGAGAGGGAAGAUGUGUGUAGAUGAAGAGUGAUUAAAGAAACGGGUAAUAGACUGAAAGACGUGGAAGAAAUGGCAAGAACAGAUACAGUGGAAUAACCCCAACGCCUUUGUGGUUCACAGUGGCAUGAUUCAGACAGUUUUCAAAGAACAGCAGAGCAGAGGAAAGAAUGAAAGUUCAUAAAAACUUGAGCGGCAGUUGAUCUGCAGUAGGAGGAGGGUCACAGGAGUGGGCUCGUACUGACUGAAUGUAAUGACUUUGGGAAUUUCUUACAAAUAUUUGUAUUUUACAUGCUAUUAUCACUUUUGUGCACCACUAUGAAAAUCAAACUGUCAAAGUAUUACUGAAAGUAAAUGAAUACAGCACAUGGUUUACGAGAUAGGUCAGGUGGUCAGCUCAUCUGUCAAGUAUGGCGAAUAGACAGCAAAAUACUCCACAUGCCCCUUUACAUCAUUUGCUCAGUGUUAGCUCAGAGUUUUGAUAGUGUGCCGAGCAUUACCAAGCUUGCAGUAGGUCAUAUGAUUAAUGGUGAAUUGGGACUAAAGGGGAAAAACAGUAAAACAUACACAGUGUGUAAUAUGAUAAUAAAAUAAAGGCAUUUUGUUUUAUACUCCCAGAAUGUUCUGGGUGAUGAGAUAUUACAAUGUAAAUGUUCCAAAAUGUGAAUCUGAAGCCAAAAUACCAAAACAAAGACUUCUGUUCAUAAUAACAAAGGUCAUUUUUUUUAGCUUGGACCGUGUGUUACAUAAUGUUUAAGAGGAACACCGGAGAAAAUGAUCUACUGGGGUCACAUGGGAAACAUAUUGCACUUAU